CCAAUUGGCUCAGCGGCGCACGGCGAGCUCCUACUGGUUGUUGCGGCUGGCGGUCCCGCCCUCCUUCGGCGCAGUCGCGCGUGCGCGGAGCAGGGUCUCGGUGCAGGGCGGCGAGGCGAUGGCGGCCAUGGGGGCCAUGGGGGCGAUGGCGGCCAUGGGCGCGCUGCCGGCUGGUGCGGCGGUGCUGCCGCCGCUGCCCACGCUGGGGGUGCCGGGCGUGCCCGAGCUGAAGCCGCUGACGCGGUACGAUGCGAUGCGGCUGGGCCCGGGCUGGAGCCACUCGUGCCACGCCAUGCUGUACGCGCCCAACCCGGGCAUGCUCUUCGGCCGCAUCCCGCUGCGCUACGCCGUGCUGAUGCAGAUGCGAUUUGACGGACUGCUGGGCUUUCCCGGGGGGUUCGUGGAUCGCCGUUACUGGUCCCUGGAGGACGGUCUGAAUCGGGUGCUGGGCUUGGGUUUGGGCUGUGUGCGCCUGACGGAAGCUGACUAUCUGUGCUCGCACCUGACAGAGGGGCCACAUCGCGUGGUGGCACACUUCUACGCCAGGCAGCUGACCCUGGAGGAGCUGCAUACCAUCGAGAUCAGCGCGGUGCAUUCCCGAGACCACGGGCUGGAGGUGAUGGGCAUGGUCCGUGUCCCCCUCUACACCCAGAAAGACCGCAUGGGCGGACUGCCCAACUUCCUGGCCAACUCUUUUGUUGGAACCGCCAAAUUCCAGCUGCUCUUUGCCCUGAAGAUCUUGAACAUGGUGCCUGAGGAAAAGCUGGCCGAGGCGGUAGCUGCCACGCAGAAGGUGAAGAAGCCGCCCAUUGACCAUGCAGCGGGGACAAUGGGCAACCUGGGCACCAAGUCAGCAAAUGAGCUGAUGGCACAAGCUAAAACAGGCAGUGAAUUAGGAGAUCAGGCAGAGAACCAGGCGGUGGUGCAGGCAAUGGCCGAGUCGGCAGAGCAGGUGCUGGUGGGGCUGGAGAGCCAGGCCGUGGCAGAGCAGUUGGUGGCUGUGCCUGUGGCUGAGGCGCUGGAGCAGGCGGCGGCACUGGGGGCAGACGCUGUGAUGCAGCAGCCAGUGGCUGAGGCCAUGGAGUGAUGCUGCUGUGUUUGAGCUUGAUUAAACGUGGGUGAGACCAUAAGAGACUUUUAACUUCCCAGCGCUGGCUGCACUUGCUGCCCACAUGAUUCCGCUGCCCAGCUGGGAGGGAUUGGGUCUGUCUGAAGCAGGGGAAAGCGAUGUAUUUUUAUGGCCAUUAAACUCUAGCGAGCUUCCCAGAUCAACCUGCACAGCCCCCUGCAGAGUUCAUGUGCUUAUGUGAGGGCGCUGAAGCCUUAGAAUUAUGCUUUGAUUUCAGGGACAUGCAGUGCUGCAGCCAGGUCCCACCUUUGUUUUUAAGGAACAAAAUGUCUUCUUUUUUAAAUGCCCCAUGUAGCCGUGCCUGUGAGCACAGCUGAGUGAGGGGGCUGCUACCCCAGCACCUCCACCACUGUUGGUGGGCCGUGGAGUGACCAGUCAUGAAUUCCUUUUGGGGCACAGGGGCACGUGUGUGGGUUUCAAUCUGGAGAUCUGUGGGAGCAGGAAAGUGGAAUAAAUGGCUUUGCUGGA